AUGAUGAUGAAGGCAACGCGGCAGCAAGCUAAGGCCGUAACAUCGGUCUUCUGGGAUAUCAAGACGUGUCCGGUUCCCUCUGAGUAUGAUGCUCGUCUAGUCCCACAGGCGUUUUGCAAAGGCUUUGAAAAUUUCACUACCCAUCUCUCUAGUCAAAAACAUGAACAGAUGUUGGACAAGGAUGAUGUGGCUGUAACAACAGUCUUUUGGGAUAUCAAUAGGUGUCCUAUUCCCCUUGACUGUGAUCCUUGUCGGGUCGGUCCGGCUUUUAGACAGUAUUUAGAGGAUUUACGCUACUCUGGUCCGCUCACCAUCUAUGCCAUUGGCCGACUAACAGACAUCUCUGAUGACAUCCUGCAAGCGAUGAAGCCCUAUAUUGGGAGCGAUGAGGAUGAGGAAGACGAAGACACUAAUGAGGAAGACGAGGAGUAA